UACGCUGAGGUUUACUUCGGUGAAUGAAACGACAGUGAAAGUGAACUGAGCUCAGGGGAAACUACCUAAACACUGUUUGUGUUUUUAAAACGACAUUUGAAGUUAACUGAAUAGCUAAGAACAAUGGAUGUCACAACAGAGGCCAAGCAGAUUAUGGUCCAGGCGUUAAGUAAAAUGUACAGCUCCCGCACCCAGCGUGGUGGUCUCCGGCUCCACCGGAGCCUGUUGCUGACGCUCGUCAUGAAAUCUGCAAGGGACAUCUACCACUCUGCCCGACUGACAAGCGAGAAAACCGGGCAAUCUGACACGCACGGUGUCACAGAGAGCACAUCACAAGCAGAAGAGCCCAUGGACACAACGAGCUCCACGACAACACCUCUGCGCGCAACAGCGACUCAGGCUAUCGAGGAUGGGCAAAGGUCCGGACUCGAGGGUCAUUCACAUCUACACGAGCCCGCAGGACUCACAGUGGACAAGGAAAACUGCAACCCAGCCAGAAUGGACCGUCACUCAAGAAAGCGACGGAGCAAAACAGCCACAGAACCUGACUUCCUACCAUGCAAAAAAGCCAAACUGGAGUUCGCGGAGGUCAGAGGGAUUCUUCAGGCAAGCCAGAAUAAUUCCGCCAACUGCGGCAGAGCGCUGGACUCACUGUCACUCGUGCCUAUGCCAAGAACUAUUGUCACGUUUUGAAAAGACUAACAGCAAUGGCACACCACAAACAAGGACAGUAAAGUGAACUUUACGCACUGAUGUGGAGAAGCGUAUUGUGGCGCGUAUCUGCUACCGAGUUCCUGGUGUAGUAUCAAGAGCACUUGACUGAUGUGGAGAAGUCAGUGGGUGAUUACUCACAGUGGAACAAUGUGACAGCUGAUUACUCAUCGCAGAGAGGGUUGUUUUGGAAAUUUGUGACUAAUGGUGCUCGUUCAAACUACCGUGUUUCUCUGAUUCAGGACAUGACGCGGUACUAUCACUUCUGUGAGAAGUGUGACUGAGAACUUCCACGGAUAUUCAUAUGAACUAUUAUCUAUUUAUUUAUUGGCCAAGAUUGUUUUCUGGUUGUUCUGUGUGUGGUUCAGACUGUGUUCGUCUGUCAGAAUUGUCCAGUCAUUACACUGACUGGGAAUUUUUUGUGGUCUUCACGCUGGAAAAUCCAUAUUAAGCUGUGUUUUGAAACAUUGUAGCUAGUUUUUUUACUAGUAGACCAUCUCAGAAGGCUGGCCAGCCAGGGAUUUUCCAAGCAGGUCAACAUGACAUAAGCUACUACAAACAGACAUCAUGAUGUUAUGAUGUGAAUCUACCUCACUUUUUGUACAAUAAAAGAUUCUCAAGCAUCUAA